AUGGCGGAUCAAGUAUUAGUGCGAUGUCAGAAGUGCCACCAGCACGCUAACAAAGUCCAUUCCCUAUCCAUCGCCAUCUCGAUCCUGAUGUCUCCAUGGUCGUUCACCCAAUGGGGACUAGAUCUAAUCGGGAAGCUCCCAACGGCUCCUGGACAGUACAAGUAUGCCAUCGUGGCAGUGGAUUACUACACGAAGUUCGGAAUCUCGGAGACAAUCAUAACAGACAAUGGCACCCAGUUCAGUAACCCAAAUCUCAUCGAAUUCACCGAGGACAUAGGGACUUGGAUGGUGUUCGCGUCGGUAACUCACCCAAAGACCAACAGGAUUAAGUAUUACAAUGGGUGUCUCUUUCACACUGUCCAGAAGGAUUUUACUGCACAAACCGGUGACCCAACUGAAACGGGUUCUGGUGGUGACUCAAUAUACAAGUAA